UCAUUAGCCUUCCCGCCUUCGCAACAGAAAACAUGAUAUCUUAACAAACUGAACAUUUCACUUCUACUCGAAGAAACUCGGAAGAAGUCUCUAAGCUAACUCGGUGGCGCUUUCGCUUCUUUCUAAUUAAUAUUAGGGUACGUUGGCUACUUCUAUGUCUGCUAAUUACUAUGUUUUGCUUCUUUUAAUUGUCUUCAUCGGAGGCUCUUGCGGAUACCCGGAUCGUAAGAUCUGGUAUUAUUGUCUACUUGAUCUACUCUUUUUACAUAGUACUUCCAGAUGUGAACCCCCUUGUCGACAGGGGCUAGCUCUCAUCUCUGAUGCCUCAUUCUCCCAUGUUGUUCACCGAAUAGGGGAAGCACCAUCAAAGAAAAUUAGCUGUGCGGUCUCCGGGGAAUUAUCACUUCUUAUGGUCCAGUGGCCAUUUAACUGUCCAAAUUACUCAGUCAUUCCAAUUGAUUACGCUGAUUCUCAUCACAUUACAUGUCAUCACACUGAUGAUCUAGGGCCUUACCAAAACUCCCACCCGUUCCCUUUUCGUUUCUUGACUAGCUGUCUAAUAUGUCUUGUUAACACUCUUGACUCAUGAAGAAACCAAAGGCUCAAGCCAAGACAUAGUUUUCAUUUGUAACAUGCCUUCACCCAAAUCUUGAACUCGCUUAGGUUUCCCCAGUCUCCCCGCGGAAUGUUUCACCUGCGAGCUGCCAUUCGUUCGAUUUACUAAUGAUCUUCGUACUCUCUCUUCGACUACCGUUUCAGUGCAAUCCUUCCUACAAACUAUCUUUUUAUUUUUAUCAGUAUUAUUAUUA